AGGAAGUUGAAUGCAGACAAAGCCCCACCCACUAACAGCAUGGUUGCUGCUGAGGCAAGUGUGAAGCGAACAAAGAAAUGACAAGCAAAACAGUAAACUGUGCUGGUAACAUUCCAAGCGGUAUACUUUCCCUGCUCAUCUGGCUUACGCUAGCUGGAAAAUUUCAAAGCUGAUUUGAUCUCUGAAACAGCAGCAAGGUGUUGUUGCCAAUUUGCAGCGCUCCCCAGCAAUGCUUUGCAGUUCUUUCAGAGGCGGUGCUGCCAUGGAGCCUGACUGGGCAGAGGUUGUCCCCUCUCGCUUCUUCUGGACUCUUCAUUGUUCCUGAUAACGAUUCAGAAGUUACACCCUCCUCCACCACCGCCUACAGUGUCAUCUUCCACCCUCAGAAACUGAAGUGACUGCAUCUCCUGGUUUAAGACGUAUACACGACAUCCCAAGGUGAGAUUGAUAACUUUACACCAAUAUUGAAGAUAAAAUGGAGAGGAUCAUUAUUUAAUCUAAUCAAAUUCAAUGAGGGGAAAAAACCUGCACUGGAUCGAUUGUGUCUGUGAAUUAUAAAAUAAUCUAGAGACAAGCUGGCUUUUUCACACUCCAGCUGUGCUGAAUCCAAGAGGAGUUUGGUGCAGUUUGGACAAUGAAAGCCAAGGCCAAGCAAUGGAAGCACCUAGUGCUGAUUGGGAUACUGGCAUGGGCACUCGUCGUCUUGCUGCUCUUUACAUAUUUCACAGACUUCAAAACAGAUGAGCGUCCAGCCAGCUUUUUCACAAAUACUGAGGCAAGAAGGCUCUUCCCCAUACAGGGUAAACUGAGAGCCAUUAUGGGGGCCUUCCAAAAUCCCAGGGUCUCAGCAAGUCACAAGGCAAAUAGUCUUUUCUUUGAGGAUGAUGAAGAUUCUGUGCGUUCAUUGCGUUUAGAUUAUUUGAAUGAUCCCAGUCUAAAAUGGACCCAGGAGGAGGACAGUGGCGAACUUGAAGUCUGGAAAAGUGUGAGGAAAAGACAGAUCGGUGGACAGCUGCAAACUCAAAACCAGGAGAUGGAUAAGAUAAUUAAAGUUAUCAAUGAAGAUGACAAUUCUUAUGAAGAAAUAAUUAUUCAAAAUGCAAAGUCUAGGCCUUAUGAAACAGUUAUUCAGAAUAAGGAAAGUUCAAAUUACCCUCUUGACCCUUUACAUGAAAAUCUAGAUUCAUUUGACCUAGAGGACAUGGAGUUUUCAAAAUCCAGUUCACUGCUUGUCAAACUGUGGAGGGGAAAUAUGUCAUCUGAAAUGCUGAAUCCUCGGUUACAAAAAGCAAUGAGGGAGUAUGUGAAUGAAAACAGACAUGGUGUCAACUAUCAGAAGAAAGGGGAAGCUGAAAGGAUGAUUGGAGAAGAUCUCCUCUGCCAAUUGAAAAACAAAGUCAAACUAAGAACCCUUGAUGGAAAGGAGGCUCCAUUUUCUACAUCUGGUUGGAGAAAGCACAUUCCUAAAAUUCCUCUGAGCAAGAUCAGGGUUAACCCACAGGCCUUCAGGAAUUGUGCUGUUGUUGCAUCUGCUGGUGCAAUACUGAAUUCCUCCCUUGGAGAAGAAAUAGAUUCCCAUGAUGCAGUUCUAAGAUUUAAUGCAGCCCCUACGCAAGGUUAUGAGAAGGACGUUGGAAGCAAAACCACGAUCCGUGUUAUUAACUCACAAAUUCUUGUUAACCCGGAGCACAAGUUUAAUAAUAGCACUCUAUUCAAGAAUGUGGUUCUGGUGGCCUGGGAUCCUGCACCUUACUCAAUAAACUUGCUGAAGUGGUACAGGAAGCCAGACUACAACCUGUUCACACCCUAUUUGCGACAUCGAAGGAAGAACCCUGACCAGCCCUUCUACAUUCUCCAUCCAAAAUUUGUCUGGCAGCUUUGGGAUAUAAUCCAGGAAAACACUCAGGAAAAGAUACAGCCAAACCCCCCCUCGUCGGGUUUCAUUGGAAUUCUCAUUAUGAUGUCUUUGUGUGAUAAUGUCAACAUCUAUGAAUAUAUUCCUUCCAUCAGACAGACUGAUCUCUGUCAUUACCAUGAACGAUAUUAUGAUGCAGCCUGUACCUUGGGUGCCUACCACCCAUUGCUGUAUGAGAAACUUUUAGUGCAGCGAAUGAAUAAAGGGAUGGAAGCAGACUUGUAUACAAAAGGCAAGGUCAUUCUGCCUGGUUUUAGUACUAUGAAAUGUUCUAGUGAACAAUGAAUCUUGUGUUGCAGGAAAAUUACUGAUUCGUACAUGAUAUAUAUACACUGAAACUUAAAUAAAAUACUUGAACUGAGCAGUUAAGAUUAACCUUUUGGGCAAAAUCAAGGUAAUGAGGUAUGGAGACUGCAAACAAUUUUGUUUCAUUAUAAUGAAGCGUUUGUAUUUUGUAAGAGAAUAAUGUGUUGCUACACACUCAUAAAGGACUGUCUGAAAUGAAGUCAAAUUUCAAGUAGAGAUUUUGUACCACCAUAAUUUUGUUAAGAGCUUAUUGUUUGAAUGGGGCCUGUGUAGCUUUUAGUAAAAUUGCAUCAUUAAUUUUACUUUCAAUACAUAGGCUUAGUGAUGUUAUAAACAGAUGGAACACUUAGAAACAUAUUUGACUUUUACAAUAAUUACUUCCAGAAGUUUUCUACGAUGAAUUACAUUGUAGCAAACUUCAAUCAGUUUUCAACUGUGCAAAAUAACUUCUACUAAGACAUGAAAAACGUGCAAAUGGACCUAUUUCUAGGCUCUAACAAUUAUUAGAUGAAAGUGACAUCUUGCAGAAUGUCUUUAUCACUGAAUGGAAAAGAAUAGCAGGCAUGAUGUAAAUUGGAAUGCUGAUUUGCUAUCAGCCUGACUUGUACUUUAUGUGAAACUUAUUUUAUCCUCUAAGAAUUUGGUUUAAAAUCAAUCCCUACUCCAAACAUUUAUGGUAGCCUUUCAAUUGGAAGGAGAAACAGGUGGGAUCUGAUUAUUCAGCCUCUGCCCUAUAUUCCAAUGUAAUGACCAAAGAAGAAAGAUCCAAACAUUAGACUGGCCCUUAUGUGUGUCCAGAAAUUUCACUUUAUAUAUUGUAUUACAUUGUGCUGUAUAAUGUAAAAUAUUAAAUAUGAUUUAUUUGACAUUAGAGAUCAUGCCUCUAAUAUUAGUGUUCACUGAAAGAUCAGAAAUAAACAGGGUUCCCAUAGAAUGUAAAAUUCACAAUGUAACUAUGUAAUAAAACAGUUACUGUAUCAUGUUACUGAGAAUAAGGUGUGAAAAUUCAAAAUGCAAUUUUCUUCCACAUUUAGAACUUUAUUAGUUGCAUUUAGACUAAAUUAGCUUUUAUCAUUGGAAUUUAAUAGCAAAUGUGGAGAAAUCUCAAUUUAAACCAUCAAUGUCAGUAUCUGGUACAGUAAAUUCCAAUAUUACUGAAUUCAUUCUCUGAGGACAGCUCUUGUAAUGCAUCCUGGCAUUGCCAAAAAAAAAAACACAGCGCACAGCAGGAGAGAUUAUCGUUGGUUUUUAACCAAGUGGAAGUGUGUUAUGGGAAAAUAGUAUAGUUGGAGAAAAGCUUAUCAUUCAACUGACAUGUCAAAAAGGUGCUUCCACAGUCUUGGAUCAUGGAGGAUCCAAAUGGCAGCCUCACUAGCAAAUGCAAGCAACAAUGGGCCCUGCCCCUGGGCUUUAUGGAGGCCUGAAAGGGUAUGCUUAGCCUUCUGAAGCUGGAAGUUAAUUCCUGGGCUUCCAUAUUUCUCAGUGCAUUUGACAGGUUACAUUUGAUCUAUCUAAUAGCAACUAGUUGCUUAUUCAAAACAAUGGAAUAUCAUAGCUGGCCAAAUGAAGGAGCAGAAGCUCGGGUGAAUAGAUUUUCUUAGUCAUAUUACAGGAAACCAUAUAAAAUACCUAUUAUUUAAGUACCGGAAAUCCAUUAAAAUAAUAAUGUAAUUUCAAAGUUGCAAUAAACUACCAACAUUCUAUUUCUCCCAAGUUUUAUAACAGCAUAAUUCCAAAUGUCAUGCUCACUUAAGUAAACACACAACACACCCCUGGUUUCUAUAUCAGAAGUACCUCAAACCAUAAAUAGAUUAAUAAUGUAACAUUAAUGCAAAGUACAUACAAAAAGCUCCAAGUUUUAGAAAAAGCCUUGGUGUUUUCUUAAAGUUGCAUGCUAGUACUCAGAGUCAGUCCUGAAAUCAAGAAAAAUUGAUUUUCUUAGGAAAUCUUGAACUGCUAUAACCUUGAGCUGAGUCAUUAUCAAAGAUGCAAAUUUUGAGAAGGUAGAUGGGGAGCAGAUAUUUUCUCCCAAUAACUUUUGCAAGGGAUAGAAAGGAGUCUCAAUAGAAGGAGGAGCUAUAUGGCUUUGGAGCCUGGAAAAAAAUAAUUUUAUUAGCUAAUUCAACAAGUUUCGACUUCAGUACAAUGAACAUUGAAUAAGAAGCAAGGCAAUGUAUUGGCUCAUAUUUAUAGAAGGCAUUAAAUGAGAGCGUGGAGCAUCACAGGCCAAUAUGGCAUUAGCUUUGAGUAUUGCAGUAAUUACCUCAUUACAGAAUUUCCUCAGAAAUGAUCCAGUACAUUCCAAUGUUAUCUUGUGGUGAAUUCUCAAAAAUGAUAUAGUUAUUGAAAAUUUGUAUAGUCCAAUUAUUAAAUACUUAUCUAGAAUAGAAAAUCAGAAUUCUGUGUCUGUAGUUGUAAAAUAAUAGAUUUUAAACAAACUUAAAUUUCAGAACAUUUUCAGAUAUAAUGCUUGCAUACAAAUAAUAAAAAGUUAGUUCUUAAUAAUGUAUCGGAUAUUGCUAAACUAUUAGAAAUUUUAUAUUUUUACUUUUUAACCCAUCUUUCUCUUUUGGACCAGUGACUUGGGCAUUGAAUGGGUAUUGGGGGACAGCAGUGAUUUGCUUGUUUAAAGGGUGUACCUUUGGGCAGAACACCUUGAUGCCUGGGGGUUUUUUUUUCAGAAUGCAGUGUUUAGGAUGCAGUAGAGGGCCUCUUGGAUCUGACAGAUUCCUUAAGUUCAAAUUUAUUGUCAUCUGUCCGUAAUAUCUACAACCAAAUGAAACAAUGUUCCUCUGGACCAUGGUGCACCCACACAACAUAUAUCACGCACAGCACAUAAACCAAAUUAUCACAGUAUAAAUAAGUUGAUAAAAUAUAGUUCUAAAUGCAUGUAGUAAAGCACAGCAUAGGUAAUUAGUAAUCAGCUCACUGUCCUAGUGAUGAAGCCUCAGUAAUGGCAUGGUAUUCAGUAGUCUCACAGCCUGAGGGAAGAAGCUGUUAUCAAGUCUCACAGUCCUAGCCCUGAUGCUUCUGUACCUCCUUCCUGAUAGUAGUGGGUCAAAGAGAUUGUGAACUGGGUGGUAGGGAUCCUCAACGAUGCUUUGAGCCCUUCGUUUGCAACGCUGCUGGCAAAUGUCAAAAACUGGUGGGGAGGGAGACCCUGGUGAUCCUGUCAGCAGUUUUCUCUGUCCUCUGUAGGGUUUUGCGGUCCGAUACCUUGCAGUAUCUGUUCCAGACAAUGAUGCAGCCAGACAGGACACCCUCGAUUCUGCUCCUGUAGAAAGUUGUUCAAAUGCGGGUGGGGAGCCUUGCACACUUCAGUCUCCUCAGAAAUUGUAGAUGCUGCUACGCCUUCUUGACUAGCAAGCAGGUGUUGUGGGGCCAGGUUAGAUCAUUCAUUAUGUGCACACAAGGAGCUUUAUGCUCUUCACUUUCUCCACAGCAGAGCCAUUGAUGUGCAACAGAGAGAGGCUGACCUGUGCCUUUAUAAAGUCCACAAUCCUCUUUGUUGUUUUAUCCAUGCUGAGAGUCAAGUUGUUCUUGCGCCAUUUGACAAGCCUCCAGAUGUCAGCUUGACAUGCUCAGUUCCUGUCAGAUCAGGAGCGCACGAGAAAUGGCUGCUUUGUAGUUAGUUCUGAUCCUUGACCGUGAUAUAUGUUGGGAUGGGCUGUAAGGGAAGAAGGGUUGAACAUGAUCUUUGGGUGUUAGAAGGCAUCUCUUUACCAAAUCUGGGAGAGAUUACAACACCCGGGAACGAGUCUGAGUGGUGAAAGACUGCUGGUGAUAUGCUUGGGAGGGUGCAGAGGGCACACCUGCUUCUGUUCCCUUACCAGGAGUUUAAUGAAGAUAGUUGCCACCUUCUUGAAACUAUCCCUAGCUCGCUGCAGCUGUUGAGUUUCUGGAGGGAAACUGGCCAUCACUAGUGAGGUAGAUGAAAUCAGAACUUCAAGCCUCUCUAACUUUUUUAAAGUCUGUCUGUUGACAGUCUGCAGAUGUUAGUGGCUUUCUGACCACCGUCGAUCUACUUUAACCAUCUGUCCAACCUUCUCCUUCCUCACCAUAUGCUCCCAAACUCUAUGUUCCCAACAAUAUUCUUAAAAGGUCAUGUGAGAAUCAUAGUUAUUUCUUUAGGUUCUGCUAGUACUCCUGGCUGAAUUUCCACAUUAUUUUAUACUCUCUUAUUCCCUUGUUCCAUAAAAAUGACUUUGCCAUAUACCAAGACUCAAUAUUCUCAUAAAAUCCUUCUACUGUAUACUUUGUCUUUAAUAGAGUAACUUUUCUUCUAAAUGAGCCACUGAAGGUUAAGCAUUUGCUCACUAAUAGUGUCAUUAGCAAUAAAUCCAGUGCAAUUCCUAAUGCACUGAAUUUUAUCAUCAUGGUGAGUUGUCUUCCUAUAUGUAUCUUCUACCUGUGCUGGUAUUAGCUUCUGUUCCCAAGUUUACCAGACACUCACAGGUGAAGCCUUUUUGUGCAAAUGCCAGUUGUCAGGGUUAAGAUGAAGUUUUACAAGACUUUGAUGACUAUAUUACUCAGCUGUUGAAUAUAUCCAAAUUCCUGUAGCUCAGAAUCAAGCCAACAUUAUUAAAACUAAAUUAACUAAAAAUUAAAUGUAAACAUUUACAAAAAAUUGAAAAGCAAAAAAACUUAAAUUUACUUAAAUACUUAAUCAUAAACAUUUCAACAAACUAGUUAAAAAUGUAAAUUAACUAAUACAUACUUUUGUGCCAAUGGUUGUUUCUUUCCAUUGAAUGAAUAAAGAAACUAUUCUUGCACCAGUUUGGAAAACUUUCAUUAAUGUGCAUUCUGACUUCAUAAUACAUUUUAUUAAAAUAUUAUCUACAGAAAAUUCAGGACAGUGUAUUCAUCCUAAAUAUGAUUAUGGAGAAGAGCUAGCAGUUACAUGAAUAACUGUGGAUAUUUUCCCAUAAAGUGUAGGCUACCAACUUACUCUAACAGUAACAGUUUCUGACUUGUAAACCAAAAUCAAAUUUGUAACACAACAGAAAGAUGGGUUAAGAGGUGUAUUCCAAGUGCUGUUUCAAAAGUGUUAAUUUCAACUUUUCGUCACACCGUGGAAACGCAUUGAUUUCAAAACUCUUUGCUGUUCUGAAUUGGCAUUAGAUAUUAUAAUUGCUUUGAAACUUUAAACUUCUAGUGUUAAAAUUGUGGUGACAGAUUGCUCUGAUCUGAGCAAUCCAAUAAAGUGGGUAUUGUUCUGUAUUCAUGAGUGCUCUUAUAUAGACACUAGUACAAAAUGUGAAAGUGAACUGGUCUCUCUAUUAUGUUUUAUAGAAUUUUACAUGAAAGUCUAUGUUCUGCUCAGCAUAAAAUAUCUUUUGGAUUCUGUUUAUUAACCCUUGUAACGGUUUCAAAUGUUAUGCACUGUAAAUAUUUCAAAAUUAGCCUUAAAAUACAUACUAUGGUCAUGUUUUCAAUAUUUGAUGUAAAAAAAGUUUGGUGCUUGAAAAGAGUAACAUUUUAAAACAAAUUUCAAAGAUAUAUGAGCCACAUUAUUUUGUUUAAAUUUGAUUUUCUGACAUUCUCAACUUGCUUUCUUUGAGUUAGUAUCGAAUUAGCAUUAUUAUAGCCUAAAACUGUUGAUCUUCAUAUUUUUACAUUUUGAUUUUAUAUAUUUUAUGUAUAUAUACUGUAUAGAACUAAUAAACAUUUUUAUCUUCA